AUCAGUGAGAUUAAAGUCCCAAUAUCUCAUUUCUUGGUUUCACAAAAAGCCAAAAAAGAAAAAAAACAAAAGGAAAAAUGGCUUCUGGCACAUCUACUUAUAUUGAUCACAUUCAUUCAAAUCGACUUAUUUCUCUCUCUCUCUCUCUCUCUCUCUCUCAAUCUUCUGAGGUUGAGAUUUUUCCAAUUUCUGAUAAUGGGACUCGCUCACAAUGUCAUAUGUUGUCAUAGACUUCACCAAUUUGCUGUUUCUCUUCUCAUUCUCCUUAUUUCCACCUCGUCCCAGUUGAGAUUACUCACUGCUGAAGGUCGAAAACUAGUAGCACAAACAGCUGACAGUUCCAAGACAGUAAAUGAAGAAGACAAAGCUGUGUUGAGAGCGCAGAUAGGGUCCCGGCCGCCUCGCUGCGACGGGCGGUGCAGUUCUUGCGGCCACUGCGAAGCCAUUCAGGUGCCGACAAACCCCCAAACAGGGAGUAGAGCCGGAAGCAGAAGCUCCUCCACUGCUGUUCCGGUUAUUGCCUAUGCUAGAGGCGAUGACAAUUCCAACUACAAGCCCAUGAGCUGGAAAUGUAAAUGUGGAAACCUCAUUUUCAACCCUUAAUUUUUGUCCCAAAAAAACAAAACAAAGAGUUUCUAGUAAUUUAUCUU